AUGUUACAUCAUACCGUCUUCUCUCUCCGACACGUCCAUCGUCAUGUAUCAAUCAAUAGUCAUCAAGAAUAUCUACCUACACAAGGUACACUAUCAUCUAGUACUCCUGCCUUCACGCCACUACCGACUCGACUCCCCCCACCUCCUAUCACAACCCGACGUCACAACUUAGGUCGAGCCACCCAUAAAGUCUCACUCAACGUGCAGCAACAGCAACAAAAGACGACGACCGUACUUGCCAGUUCUCGUCAACCGAGUAUAUCUCAGGAACACCUGUCACAGGUUCAUCCGACCGAGCCUAAUCUAGCUCUGAACUUUACAACCACCUCACCACCCUUACCUCUCCUUCCUCUCACGAAGCCCGAUUCAAUGGAAUUCACUUUCGAUAAUCUCAACAUGAACAUGGGGUCAGUCGAUUGGGAUCAGUUCCUGGUUGAUGCGGAUCUUGGUGAGGCUACCAAAGUACCUCUCAUGUCCAACUCUCCAGCACCAUCCGAUUGUCAAACUGCUACUCCCAAGUCCACCGAGUCGGAACAAUCAGCUGCUCUCGACCCAGAGACUGAUUUCGAUUUCAACUUUGAUUUCGACUUCCCUCUCCCCACUUCUGUCGGUAUCACUCACCAACCUGAGGAUAUCCAACAGCCCACAGGCGACUUCAACUUCGACUUCACUGCUACGGCUGCCGCACCCUUGCCUGCUCCAGGUCCCGAUGGCAGAGGUACGACCGAUCCUACAAUGACCAACACCUUUGGUCUCAGCUUUGGUGACUUCGGCCUUCACACUGAUCUGGGUGCUGAUGCAGCUAGUCAGUUGGGUCUUACCAAUCUCCUCGGUAAAUUGGGUGAACAGAAGGUUGCUCAGCAACAACAACCUUCCUUGACUUCCACUGGACCUGGUUCAGUCAAUGAUCUAACAGAUGCGUAUGCUUUGCUGGAUAAGCUACUCCCAUCUGCUACCUCCACGAUUUCUUCACCUACUUCGAUCCGACCUUCUCAGCUUUCUCUUCCACCUAGCCCACCAGCAUCUACCACCCUCAAGCGAAAGUCUUCCGAGUCUGCUGUUGGGGCUCAGCCAACCAAGAAGAGGGGCCGACCACCUGGCUCAGGUUCAGUCAAAUCCAAGACUAUCUCUCUUCAAGGUGGCGGUUCACCAUCUUCUUCCUGUGCAGACGAAAGCGAACUUGGAUCUCCUACACCUGCAACCAUCAAGAAGACUAUCUCUGGCAAACCAUCUACCGCUCGACCUAAAUCCGUCGUUCCCGAAAAAUUCCUCAAAGAUGGUUCUGCCCAAUCUAUCCUGGGUAUGGAUAUCAACCAGAUUCAGUCAUAUCCUUCUUUCGAUAUGCUGCUCAAGGACGUUGCAGCAGAUAAGCUCCAAGCUGCCCAGGAAUUCGGAGAGAGGAUAGCCGACAACCGAGAUAAGGCGAAAGAUGCCGCCAAGAAAUCCCGAGAUGAACGACGAGCCAAGAUCGAACGAUCUGAAUACCUCGAGAAGAAGGUUGAAGAUCUUGAGAACAAGCUCAGCGGUCUCACGGGAGUCUUGAUGAGUUUGGUUGACAGGGGUUUGAUCGGAAAGGAUCAGAUCGCUUCGUAUCUGUAA